GGAGAGAGUUGUGCGCACUUUUUUUUUUUUUUUUUUUUUUUUUUUUUGACGUACACUGACUUUGUCACAUUUUAAAUGGAGAACUAAAGGACAAAGCAGAUUUGCUGCAGACAUCUGUCCCAUCUGAAGUGUGCUGAGAAGAAGACGACAAUCUCUACUGCUCUUUCUCUCGAUGUCCGUCUCUGGCGUGUCGUUUUCCCAUCUGCUCCGAUGCAGACUGUCUUUGGUGGGUAGGAGUGCGAGUUUGUGCCCGGGCAGGUGUGUGCGCACUCCGGUGCAGCCCAUGGCCGGGGUCAGGUGGAACAGCUCGCGUUUGGACAUGGACGGAAGCGGCUGUCCAUCGACCUGGGAUUCCUUUGGGAUUUGGGAUAACCGGAUAGAGGAGCCCAUUCUACUGCCGCCCAGUAUCCGCUACGGAACUCCCAUCCCACACAUCAGCCUGUCCAGGGUGGGCUGCGCGUCCCACAUCGGCCGUCGCCGUGACAACGAGGACCGUUUCCAAGUGAGCAAGCUCACGCACGACAUACAGUACUUCGCUCUUUUUGACGGGCACGGAGGAACACAAGCUGCCGAUUACUGCAAAACGUACAUGGAGCAACACAUCAGAGAUUGUCUGGAGGUGGAAAAAGAUUUAGAGGUGGUUUUGUCUAAAGCUUUUCUGAAGGUGGAUGCUACUUUGGCCGAAGAGCUGCAGAUGUACGGCAACGCCUCUCUCAUGAUGGUGGGUACCACGGCGACGGUUGCGUUGCUAAGAGAUGGGAUAGAGUUGGUUGUCGGCAGUGUUGGCGACAGUCGCGCACUGCUGUGCAGAAAGGGCAAAGCUCGCAAACUCACGGACGACCACACGCCAGAGCGAAAAGACGAGAAACAGAGAAUCCGUCAGAGCGGUGGGUUUGUGGCCUGGAAUAGUUUGGGUGAAGCUAACGUUAACGGACGAUUGGCUAUGACCCGCAGCAUCGGAGACUUCGAUUUAAAGAAGAGUGGCGUAAUCGCAGAGCCUGAGACCACCCGAACUUUAUUGCAUCACGCUCACGACUCUUUCCUGGUUCUCACGACCGACGGCAUCAACUUCAUCAUGACCAACCAAGAGAUCUGUGAUGUCAUCAACAAAUGCCACGACCCCACCGAGGCAGCAAACGUCAUCGCUGAGCAGGCGCUGCAGUACGGCUCGGAGGACAACAGCACCAUCAUCGUUGUCCCGUUCGGUGCGUGGGGGAAGCAUCAGAAUGCGGAAUACUCGUAUUCCAUGAGCCGAAACUUUGCCUCGAUUGGCCGCCGGGCUUAGCAAGGAACGGUGUUCAAAAGGUCUCAACACGAGGAGGAACACUCGCAUAUACAACUGCACUGCCAGCACUGCGUUAUCUGUAUAUUAUCAAAGUGGAUUCGUAAAUUGGUCCCCCGCAACAUUGAAUAUUCGGUCAUGUGCUCGCUUGAUUUGACAGCAACAGUACAUUCAAAACACAGAGUAACUGUUAUAGUUCAUUUGGUUAAUAGUAUUUUGGUUAACAAAAUGGUGAACUGUUGUUCAGAACAGAGGUGGAGCUCUUUCAACCAGAUCAUUGGUUGCGUUGUGUUGAAAUGUGAUACUGAUAUAUUAUGUUGAAACUGCAUAUAAUGGUACUUCAGUACUGAAUACAAAAGUAUAAUUUAUUCUUAGUGUGUUGAGAUGAAAGUUUGCGUAAUUAUACCUCAUCGGUGCAAUACACCUGUACACUACAUACAGUACUUUAGUCAUGAUACUUAAGGGACAGUUCAGCGAAAAAUGAGAAUUCUCUCCUCAUUUACUCGCCCUCAUGCCAUCCCAGAUGUGUAUGACUUUCUUUCUUCUGCAGAACACAAAUGAAGAUAUAUCUCCAUAAUGGUCAUUGGUCCAAUAUGGUCCAUACAAUGCAAGUGAAUGGUGACCAGAACUAAAAUGGACAUAAAUGUAAUCCACAAACUCCAGUGGUUUAAUCCAUGUCUUCAGAAGUGAUAUGAUAGUUGUGGCUGAGAAACAGAUCAAUAUUUAAGCACAUUUUGUACUAUAAAAUCUUCACCUUUGACUGGCCCCAACCAGUAGGUGGCUGAAUGUGAAAGUGAAAGUGUAGAUUUAUAGUCAAAAAGGACUUAACCCAUUCACUUGCAUUGUGAGGACCUACAGAGCGGAGAUGUUCUUCUAAAAAUCAUCAUUUGCAGAUCUGGGAUGGCAUGAGGUUGAGUAAAUGAUGAGAAUUUUUAUUUUGUGUGAACUAUCCUUUUAACCUGACACAUGCAAUAAAGAAAACAAUUAUUUUUCUUAUG